CGUCCUUCCCAUCCUGGCGUUUGCCCGCAGCAAGAUGGCGGCGGUCUCAAUGUCAGUGGCGCUGAGACAGGCGUUGUUGGGGAGAAGGGCAGUGGCUACAGCUGCCGUUUCCGUCUCUGGAGUUCCAUCCAGGUUGUUGAGCUCAUCCACAUGGAAGCUGGCACAGGACCAGACUCAGGACACACAGCUCAUAACAGUUGAUGAAAAACUGGAUAUCACUACUUUAACUGGUGUUCCAGAAGAGCACAUCAAAACCAGAAAGGUCAGGAUCUUUGUUCCUGCUCGCAACAACAUGCAAUCUGGAGUAAACAACACAAAGAAAUGGAAGAUGGAGUUUGAUACCAGAGAGAGAUGGGAAAAUCCUUUGAUGGGUUGGGCAUCAACGGCUGAUCCCCUCUCCAACAUGGUUCUAACCUUUAGUACCAAAGAAGAUGCAAUUGCCUUUGCAGAAAAAAAUGGAUGGAGCUGUGAUGUGGAAGAGAAGAAGGUUCCAAAACCCAAGUCCAAGUCGUACGCUGCAAACUUUUCUUGGAACAAAAGAACAAGGGUGUCUACAAAAUAGGUUGGCACUGCUGCAUUUCCCCUUGACUGUGAAUAAAGUCAGCUGGGCACUAUUUAUAGUCCGUGGAUAAUGCACCUCUUAAUCUCCUAAUAAAUGUGACCUUUGAACCACAGGUACACGUGGCAGUUUCUGUUUUUAUUGUUUGUGAUGUCUCACACUGAACACAUUACAAUUUCCUGCAGAGAGAGAUUGGAGGUGUUCAUCCUCUAGGAAAUCAUGGCAUUUAGAAUCUACUAAAGCAGAUGCCUGAAAACAGCUACCGCCUAGGUGUUUUCUGGUUGCUUUUUAGAGCCACUCCCAAAUCAGUUCUGUAUAAACUCCAAGCCGUCAUUACUAUCCUGUCUGAGAAACUCUUUUGCCACAGGUAGAGGAGUGCAUGGUUAUUGUACAACCUGAUAACCCUCAACCUAACUCCCUUCCAGCAAACAUUCUCCUUUUCAAUUGCAGCUUUCUAUUUUCUCAGUGCUUAUGGAAGUAAAUGGAUUUGUCCAUACCACGUUCUGCCUUAUGACAUGUGCUGAUUGUGAGUGCUUCUGGUGGAGAUUUUUUUGUUCUUCGAAACCAAAUAUUCAAAACAAAAUAAAACCGAGCGUUUUGGGA